AUGGACACCUCUUAUGUAGUGGCCAUUUUCGAGAUGGGUAACAUUGUAAUUGAAUCAAGACCUGGAUUGUACCUUGCCUUUUUAAAGUACCCCACGAAUGAAAAAAUGCCUGUAGGAGAAUAUAUCAAAAAUAUUUUCAAACCAUCUACAUUUGUAAAUGACUUGGUUGAUCUAAAAAAUUUGAAAUAUGAUUGUAUUAAUUUAGAUCAUUGGCUAACGAGUUUGGAAAAACAUGAUAAUAGAAUGAUAUCACUUCAUGGAAAUACCAUUCCUAAACGAAAGAUUAUCAAUCAAAUAGUCAAUGGUUCUUACCAACCAAAUGGAAUGAAUGCAUCUGGAUCUACUUCUACCACUUCUACUUCUACCACCACCAACUCUAUCAUUGAUGAAGACGAUGGACCAACAUAUCGAUACGUUUGGUUACUGUCAAGAGAAAGUACAGAGUCACAGGCUAAACGAUCAACAGCAAUGAUCAACCAAUUAGCUCUGGUCAUAAAUGCAUUCCUUUUCAUCAAAAAAGUUGGGCUACCAGAUGAUCCAGACGAUGUGACAUACUUUCCAAGACUGAUACUAGAGAUUAUCAGUAGCUUUCGAUUUUCGAUCGAUGAGCGUUUCCAAAUGAACAUUUUCAUGAAAUGUUCUAAUCUCAAUGAUGUUGUUGUGGGUGCAUCUCUUGAACGUAUUUCUAGAAGAAAGCCAGACUAUAUUCAAUUACGACAACAUUUAAAAGUCAAGAAAAUGAAAAUGGUGAUCUUGAUGGCUCCAAAGGAUUUGGUUGGAGAUGGAAACCUAUCAAUGAUGGUCGAUUUUGGACAAAAUCGAGUUUACUAUGCCACAAUGAAAGAGGAUUGGAAGACUGCCAAAUGGGAGCUCGAAAUAUCAGACCUAGAUGAGUUUGAGGCGUUUCAGGUCAAAAUCGAAGACACCUUUGACUCUUAUCUUCAACUUGUUGCUCAAUUGUCAGUCAUUGGUAAAAGAACUAGUAAAAUGAGAUUCAAGAAACCUGAAGUCGACAUUUUCAGAGCUGCUUUAGAUAUUCCUAUCAAGAAAUCAAAUUUGAAUUACAUCUACUCUAUUUUUCCAACCAUUCAACAAGUAAGAGCAAUAGAAGGUGUUCGAGCCAAUACCUAUAUGCCAAGAAAUGAAAGAAUCAACAAUGAAUCUGAUGAAACGGAAUCUGAUGAUAAAGAUGAAGAUGAAUUUGACAAUGGUAAAGAUGAAUGGGAAUCAGAUCCAAGCCAAGAGGAUUUUGAUCAUUUUGGAUUUGACAAAGAAAUUCAAGAUUGGGAAAAUGAAUUAGACGAGUUUCCAGCAUGCAAAGAAAUUCGAGACUUUGACAACAAUGGAGAAAAUUUUACAUGUAUCUCGACAGGUAUUGAUAGAUUGAUAAGAGGUCUAACAUUUUUCAAACAAUUAAAUACCACCUCUUCUAAAAAGAAAUGUCAAGUAGUCACUCUUCACCCACAAUACGAUUUCAUCAAAAAGGUUCACACGCCUACCUAUAUAUUGGAAACUCUCAAUCGUAUUCGAGCUUGCUGGGAGUCUAGUCAGCUUUUGUAUCCUGCCAUUAUCGACCAAGACAGCGAGAAGGACUUUACAAUGUCUGUUGCCAGAUCGGAAUUGUUUGUCGACAAUGUGCAUCGUCAUAUUAUGCCCUACUCGAGAUAUUUUUCCAACAUUGAAUCAAUUGUUGGUGCUGGAAGAUCGGGCUCCUACGACACUACUAGAAAUCUUACAAUGUCGGUAAAAGACUGCAUCAAUUCAGCUUUAUCAUUUUGUAAAGUGUCUCAAGAGGUCAGAGACCAGUUUUCUGCCGCCAUCUCAGAGGCCUCUGCAACAUUUCACAAUGAAUCUUUUGUAGGCAAAGCAAUUACCAAUGCCACCAAAGAGAUUAGAACCUUGAAAAUACAAGGAGAGGCUUUUUAUCAUCAAGCCAAAGAUUAUGAUCCAAAAAUCGAUUAUGAAACUGUCCAGAAGGAUCAAAAUGACAAGAAUAGCAAUAAUAUUCCAACAUUUCAACGUCACGAAAGACCCAAAUGCAUAAAGUGCAAACAUCAUAUGAACCAGCGCUUAAGCCCCUAUUGCUCAGAAAAGUGUAUCUUGGACCAUAAUAAAGACCCAGAGGAUUAUAUGCAAAGAUUUCAUGAACCACUCUCAACCAGUGCUCGUUUUCAUGUAGCAAAUGUUUUCGCAAAGUAUAUGGAUACUUCACUGUCUACCCUUAUACACCAGACUGGUCCUUUAAUGGAAAUUGAUCCUAAAAGAUUUAAACUUGAAAACCUCCCUCAACCAUUAUUAAACUUUGAUUUCAAAAGUGCCGAGGUAUUUCAUGCUGUUAUAUGCUCCUUUUCACAUGAAACUAAUUUAGGAGGUAUGAAACCACCUUUAGAACAAGGCAAUAGAAUUUUUGAAUAUCGUUCGACCCGUGUUGGAUGGAUUUGGGUUACCAAAUUGAUCGGAAAAGAGAUUAAUCUACAAAGUAGAAUCAAUGCAAGAGAUGUCAUUCGAAACAGACUGAUGAAUGUACCAAUCAAAGAGAGCGAUCUUCAUCGUAAUCGAUUGGAAAGAGAUGAACAGUUGUAUGGCACCAAGACACAGCCAUUCGAUAUCAACGCUCUCCGUCACCCAGAUCUAUUGAUCAAAAGAUUUCAUCAAGCAAACAAUGUAGAAUGGAUGUUACGUAAUGGUUAUAUUUAUCUGCUAAGAGAUCGUUUGAGAAUGUUUAUUAAACGACAAAAAGAAAAAGAAGAAGAUGAAGACAGGAAUGAAGAGUCAAGAGCAUAUUAUAGAUUGGAUAUGGAAGGGUUAUGGUAUCGUUAUAUUACACCGACCAAUUUGGAUAUUUUAUCGGAUAGAGAUAUCAAGAGACUUGUUCAAUUGGCCAUUUACAACCUAGACGAUGAAAUCAGUCUAGCAACGAGGAUGAAAGGUAUCACGCGAUCUGGUAACGUCAGACUUUUCCAGAUUGCAUUGGCCAACAUCAAACCAUCGGCCUAUCAAUACUUCCUCAGAGAUAUUCUUCAAGAUAGUUGUGAGGUUGGUAGUAUCCAGAUUCAUGAAGAAAUAUUGAGGUAUGACAAGAAACCAGUCACCAAGGCUGAACUAUACGCAUACCUCUACUAUUCUUUAUAUAAUCGUCAAAAGGAUAUGGUCCGUUAUCUAUUGGAGAAAUAUGGACGACCAAACACAGCAUACACAAGUUCAUCCAGCUUGUACGACUGUCUUUAUCAUUUGCUAGAGACCAAUGACCCAGAAAUGUACAAUCUAUUGGUAAUUGAAAAAAGAAUUGUUUUUGAUACAACAAUAUCACAGUAUCUCGAUUACUAUGCUUCGACUUUACAAAAUAUCACCACUGUAACCAAACAACAUGUCGAAAUGUUACAACUAGUCAAAACUCUUCGUCAUGGUCUACCAAGAAAUUUGGAUUAUAUCUCUGAUACCCUCAUACAAAUAGUAAAAGAGAAUCCUCUUCACUCGAUAGCGUUUAAUGACGGGCACAAAUUCGAUCAAAUUACUAGGAUAUUAGAAUCAUUAGAAUUAAUAAUGAUGAAUAUUGGAAUGGAACCAAGUAAAUUGCUAUGUCAAGCAUUUGAUAAAGCUUUAAAUUCCAUCCAAAAAACAUUCAAAAGUGUAAUCAUCACCGAAUACAUGUACAAUCAUGUUUGUCCAAUGAUCAAUAAUGGUCCAAUGUUACUUUUCGAUGCUACAUGCAAAUCUGGUGAUUUGUCAAGUGUAAAGUGGAUUUAUCAAAAACUAGUCGACGAUCAAAUUCACAUUCAAUUUAACCAGGUCACUCACAGUGAAGAGGUAUUCAAGUUUUUAGAAACAAAGUUUGAUUUCACCACUAAAUAUCUCACUAGAAUGUUGGAAGAAGCAAUAGAGAUUAAUGACUUUGGACUCGUCUAUCAAGUGUUGUACCACCACAUUGACAAACUUCAAAUUCUUCCCAAACACAUAUUUGUCAAUGCUCUAUGUACAUGCAACCUAGAGAUUGUCAGUUAUCUGUUGGAAACCUAUCAUCUUCAAGUUGAAUGCUUUGUCUUUGACGACAGAGAUCUUUUUAAAAUAUUUGAAAAUAGUAGAGUAGUAUACUUUUUCGUUAAACAUUUUAAAAAACUUGCUUCAUGGAUGAUAGAUAUGAAUGGAUUCUUUAGGUUCAAGGUUGAAGACAUUGUAUCACUCGCAAUCUAUUACAACCGUAUGGAUAUUGUCCAAUACUUUCAACCUCAAACCAUUUGUGGUGGACUGGAACAGUACUUGGGGACAUCAGAGGAAAUGCUCACUUUGGUCUUUGGUCGUCUACCACAUCACCAACAAUUAAAAGAUCGAGCAUGGAUGGAUCUUGGAAGAAUUGGCAGUAUCAAAUUGCUAGAAAGAGUACUAUCACAAUUUCCUCGCCAAACCAUUCAAACUAAAUUCUCUGAUAUCUUUUAUGGUGCCUAUUCUCAUGGAAACGCCAACGUUAUCAAUUAUCUUGAAGAGAAAUAUAAUUUACACUACAAUGAGAGGAUAUACAAGAAAAACAUCAAAAUUCUAUUAUCAAACAAUCAAUUUCAUUUAUUUAAAACAAAUGAUUUGGUUCGAACUUAUGUUGAAUCUUGUCAAUUAAAAAUCUCUUCUUUUAGUGAUCAAGUAUUAAUAACAAUAAAAAAAUAUUAA